AUGUAUGUAGUACAUACCGGGUUGAAGUCCCAAAGCACGCCUCCAACGCAGCCAUUCCGUUCCGGCUCCGCAGCGCCGAGCACCGUGACGCGCAUGCGCAGCCGAAGGGCGGGGUUAGCGCUGUUCCCGGAAGGGCGGCGCCGGGCCAUGCUGACCCUCGCCGGAUUCCGUCAGCGGCUGUUGGCGCCGCUACGGGGCCGCGGCGGGGACAUGCCCCGGAAGGGCAAAGCGGCCGGGAAGGAGUCCGCCGAGCCCGGCGCCGCCGCGGGGCCGGUGGUGGCAGCGGGCGACGGCGGCGUGAGGGUGUCGGUGCGCGCCAAGCCCGGCUCCCGCUGCAGCGCCGUGACAGAUGUGACAGCCGAGGCAGUAGGUGUGGCUAUUGCUGCACCGCCAUCAGAAGGGGAGGCGAACGCAGAGCUGUGCCGCUACCUCUCUAAGGUGCUAGGAGUGAAGAAGAGUGAUGUUAUUUUAGAGAAGGUACCUGUGGUGUUUAAAGUAGAGUGUAUGUAAACACCACCGUUACAGCUGGGCCUUAGGAGUUUCUUCGUAUGAGCUGUGUUGUGCGUUGACACGUGUCGACCAUGUUAGGUGGAAACUCUUUUAUUCAUCGCACUGAAUAAAUAAUUAAUUUUAUCCCUUCGUUGUACUUGAAUGUCAGUUUUUCCAACCGUGUUCACGUAUGCUUUGUGAAGGUGAGGACUCAAUGAAAAAUGGUGCCUCUUAUUUUUCUGUAUCUAAUGCACUGGUUGGAGAAGUCUCUUAAAAGAUGGUCCGUGGCAAUAUGGUCAGUGAGCUGAGUCCUGCUCUGGGGAAUGGUACAGAUGCUGAGGUUUGGUUCUUUUUUUCCUGAUUCCUGGGCAAAUUCUUUAAUUCUGUCAACAUUUUAUAAAUUACAGUUUUCCUGCCUUAAAGUUGUUCAAAUUUAACUAUACUAAUGUAAGUGCUAAGCAGAGCUAAGCAUUAAGGGGACCAACAUGUUCUGACCUUCUUAACUCAGUCGUUCUGACCUGCAGUAUCCAAAUAAUUACAAGCCAGUGUUUGUUUUCCUCAGACCACUGUUUGCUCUUGGUGGAGCACUGUGUUAAAGUUUGUACUUUGUGUUUUUCCAUUCUGAUCUGCUAGGUGCACACACCGAGUGGUUUUUGUACUGGUUGCUCUCUCUUGUGUGCUACAUGCUUCAUGAUAAGUGAUAACACUGACAAAACAAUCCAACGUGGUGUGAUUUGGUAUAAUACCAGGCUUACCAUGUUUCUACCCAAAAGGCUUCAUUUUGAUUAUCAACUGGACUGCUUCAAAGAACUAUUUUUCAUUUUUAAAUUCCUGCCUUAUUUCCACAUAGCACGGUUAAGACAUUUUUCUCCUUCAGGAUGCCCUAAAUGGGUCUUCGAAGCUUUUUGUUACUCAUGGAUGAAAAUGUAGCAUGUUUGUUUCUCUUGUUUUUACUGAAUCCUGGCAAAUGUGUAGCUUCAGGCAAAAUGAAAUGAAGGUGCACGUUUGCCAGUUCCUAUGUAAAACAGCAGUUUUGUUAGUAACAUAAAAACAAGUCAGUAGUAUUUAAAAUAACAACUAUUUGAAUCCAAAUGUCUGAUGUGCUAUAUACAGUGCAAUUUGUUGUCAUUUAGUUGAUAUUAUCAACUAGAGAGCUCGGCUUAAGAGUAACUAGUACUCUGUGGGAGGCAGUGUUGAAGGAAGAUCUGAAAGUCCACAUCUACCAAAUGUUUGCAGUAACUUCUUAAAACCUCAAACAAGAUACAGCUGGAAUUUUGCUUCUAGCUAAUACAGCUGAAUAAUGGAAACUUACCAUCCCUUGCUUUUUGUUCUAGUCUAUAAGAAAGACAUAAAUUCAGGGCGUGCUCUGGGAGCUGUAGCUAGUUUUAAAAGGAGUAUAGAUGAGACAUUGCUUUCAACCUUUAAAAUAACAAAACAGGAUGUUGAUGAACCAUUUCUGACACCUGUUAAUUCUGCUUAGCUACUCACUGAGAAUUAUUUUAAGUAUCUACGUGAUGCAUUGGCAUCACAGUGAGCUGUUUUUUUGCACGUGUGUUUGGUGGUGAUUCUUUGCAAGAUGACUUUUGUGUGUGUCUAACACAGGGUGGGAAAUCACGUGAUAAAGUGGUGAAGAUUUUGGUAUCGGUGACACCAGAUGAAGUAUUAGAAAAACU